GUCUACAUUUGCGGUGCCAUCAUUGAACUCGUAAGCUUUGACAAAGCUCUAUAAGUUGUUGGUCACUGGUCAGAGACGCCAUCUUUGCCUGUUUUGUGCAAAAGUCUUAAACUUUGCGGUUAUUGCUUACCAAAUACCAAGGUUACUAUUCUGUGAGGGUGGAUCAAGUUCAUAUCAUGGCACGGUGCAUAUUGUCACAUGUUUUGGCUUUUGCACUUGUUGCUGGGUUGUGUGUCUUCAGCUGCUUGGUUAACGUUGCACAAGCUCAAUCUGCAAACGCCACCACUGAUCCUUCCGAAGCAAGAGCUUUAAAUUCAAUCUUCAGCAAAUGGGAUAUAUUGGCAAACCCAACUCAAUGGAAUAUUAGCAGUGAACUUUGUAGUGGAAGAGCUAUCGAUGCUACCACCACCAUCGAUGACACAACUUUCAACCCAUUCAUCAAAUGUGAUUGCUCCUAUGACAAUAGAACUACUUGUCGCAUCACAGCAUUAAAGGUUUAUGCAAUGAGCAUAGUUGGUACAAUUUCAGAAGAGUUAUGGACUUUGACUUACCUCACCAAUUUAAAUCUUGCCCAAAAUUACUUGACGGGUUCUCUACCUCCAAACAUUGGAAAUCUAACUCGUAUGCAAUACUUGAGCAUUGGCAUCAAUAAUUUUUCUGGUGAACUUCCAAAGGAAUUGGGAAAUCUUACAGAGUUAAGAUCAUUGGCUUUUGGGUCAAACAAGUUCAGAGGAUCUCUUCCAUCAGAACUUGGGAAACUGACAAAUUUAGAGCAAAUUUACUUUGAUAGUUCAGGAAUUAGCGGUCCAAUUCCUUCCACAUUUGCAAACCUUAGGAAUUUGAAACAAGUAUGGGCUUCAGACAUGGAACUCACAGGAAAAAUACCAGACUUCAUAGGGAAUUGGUCUAAGCUUCAAUCCUUGAGAUUUCAGGGAAAUUCUUUUAAUGGCUCAAUACCAUCAUCAUUUUCUAAUUUGAGUUCUUUAACAGAAUUGAGAAUCACAGGUUUAUCUAAUGGGAGUUCCUCAUUGGAAUUUUUAAGGAAUAUGAAAUCUUUGACUAUCUUAGAACUGAGGAAUAACAAUAUUUCUGGUUCGAUUCCAUCCACCAUUGGAGAGUUACACAAUUUGAAACAGUUGGAUUUAAGCUUCAAUAACAUCACAGGACAAAAUUUGGGAUCAAUUUUCAAUUUGAGUUUGCUCACUUACUUGUUUCUUGGAAAUAAUAAAUUCAAUGGCACCCUUCCGAUGCAGAAAAGUUCAUCUCUUGUAAAUAUAGACUUGUCAUACAAUGAUCUAUCGGGUAGUCUCCCCUCUUGGGUAAACGAACCAAAUUUACAACUGAAUUUAGUUGCCAACAACUUAGAUGUCUCAAAUGCCAGUGGCUUGCCUAUUGGGCUCAAUUGUCUCCAAAAAAAUUUUCCUUGCAAUCAAGGAAUUGGAAGAUACUCUGACUUUGCAAUCAAGUGUGGCGGUAACCAAAUUAGGUCGGCAGAUGGAAUAGUGUAUGAAAUGGACAAUCAAACACUUGGUCCUGCUACAUACUUUGUUACUGAUGCAAACAGAUGGGCUGUUAGUAAUGUUGGAUUAUUUACGGGGAGCAGUAAUCCUGUAUACAAAAGUUUUGUGUCUAAUCAGUUCACUGGCACUGUGAAUUCGGAGCUCUUCCAAACAGCACGACUUUCUGCUUCGUCAUUAAGAUAUUAUGGCCUGGGGCUGGAAAAUGGUUUUUACAACAUAACCCUUCAAUUUGCAGAAACAGCUAUUCUAGAUUCUACUAGAAGUUGGGAAAGCCUUGGGAGGCGAGUCUUUGAUAUUUAUAUUCAGGGUACUCGUGUUUUGAAGGAUUUUGAUAUACAGAAGGAAGCUGGGGGCAUCUCAUAUAAAGCUAUCCAAAGGCAAUUUAGAUUUGAAGUGACAGAAAACUAUCUUGAGAUUCAUCUCUUUUGGGCUGGAAAAGGUACUUGUUGCAUACCAACUCAAGGUACUUAUGGGCCCUUAAUUCAAGCAAUCCAUGCUAUCCCAGAUUUCAUACCUACUGUUAGUAACAAACCUCCAAGUAGUAACAACAAUAAUAUCGGUCUAAUUCUUGGAAUCGUACUUGGAGUUGGAGUUGUAAGCGUUUUAUCAAUUUUUGCAAUUUUCUGUAUCAUUCGGAGAAGAAGACGUCGUGAUGAUGAAAAAGAGCUUCUAGGAAUUGAUACUAAGCCCUACACUUUCAGCUAUUCUGAGUUAAAGAAUGCUACAAAUGAUUUUAAUCUUGAAAAUAAGCUUGGAGAGGGAGGUUUUGGACCUGUUUAUAAGGGGACACUUAAUGAUGGAAGAGUCAUUGCUGUGAAACAACUAUCUGUGGGAUCCCAUCAAGGAAAGAGCCAAUUCAUAACUGAGAUUGCUACUAUAUCAGCUGUGCAACAUCGUAAUCUGGUCAAAUUAUAUGGAUGUUGCAUUGAGGGGAGUAAAAGACUGCUUGUUUAUGAAUAUCUAGAAAAUAAGAGUCUUGAUCAAGCAUUGUUUGGAAAAUGUUUAACCCUCAAUUGGUCCACACGCUAUGAUAUAUGCUUGGGUGUUGCUAGAGGUUUAACUUAUUUACAUGAAGAGUCACGUCUUCGCAUUGUACACCGUGAUGUGAAAGCCAGUAAUAUUUUGCUUGAUUAUGAGCUUAUUCCGAAAAUAUCUGACUUUGGUUUGGCCAAAUUAUAUGAUGAUAAAAAGACCCAUAUAAGUACCGGUGUGGCGGGGACAAUUGGAUAUCUUGCACCGGAGUAUGCCAUGCGUGGCCACCUUACAGAGAAAGCAGAUGUAUUUUCCUUUGGUGUCGUGGCUUUAGAGUUAGUUAGUGGAAGGCCAAAUUCUGAUUCAAGUUUGGAAGGAGAGAAGGUGUAUCUUCUAGAAUGGGCUUGGCAACUUCAUGAAAAAAAUUGCAUAAUUGAUCUGGUGGAUGAUAGACUUUCAGAAUUCAACGAGGAAGAAGUAAAACGUGUUGUAGGAAUAGCACUUUUGUGCACUCAGACAUCACCAACAUUACGACCAUCAAUGUCACGUGUGGUGGCAAUGCUUUCAGGAGAUAUUGAAGUAAGCACUGUAACUUCAAAGCCCGGAUACCUAUCUGACUGGAAAUUUGAGGAUGUGAGCAGCUUCAUGACUGGCAUUGAAAUCAAAGGAUCAGAUACAAAUUACCAGAAUUCAUCCGGAAGUACCAGCAUGAUGGGUGGUGUAGACUAUUAUUCACCAAGAGAUGUUUCUAAACCGAUCCUUAAGGAGACUCUUUGGGAGGGUAGGUGAGAAUUGGUGUACUCUUUAGUGAUUAGAUCAAGUACUGUGGCAUAAUGGGUAAUGGAACUACACUCCAAAAAUUGUUUCCAUUUUCUAUUUUUCAUUUUCUUUAGCCUUUUUUUUGUAUUGUAUACUUAAUUCGUUGUGUACAUAACGGCCUAAGUUAGUAAUUAAAAACUGUACAUCAACGUGUAAGUAAUAAGCCCCAAUUAGAAAUGUUUAUGAGGUAUUACAUUUUGCAAUCUUUUA